AUGGCGGGCGUGUUCAAGAACGUCUUCGGCUCCCAGCCCUCGGGCGCUGCCAACCCUGACGAUGACUUCGCCGACUUCGUUGAGGCCCCAAACCCGUCUCCUGCGUCGCUCGUCGCCGAUGCGCCCACUCUGGCGGCAUUCAGUACGCAGGGAACCGUCCCCUACACUAAGUGGUACCGGGUCUGGGAGCGCACCUCGCCCAGCGACUUCAUGCAGGAGGCGAUGAUCAUGCCCUUCAUCCUGGUGAUCGUCCUCUUCCAUUUCUGGGGUACGCGCAAGAACCGCCGCAAGGCGCGGGAUUGGGCCAAGGCUCAUAUCCCAGCCUUGCAGAAGGAGUUUGCUGUUGUGGGAUUUGACGGAAUCGAUCGCUCGGCCGCCGACGAGGGCGAGACCGUCACUGUGGAGUUGACGAACCCCGAGUCGAAGCUGAAGGAGAGGUCGGCGCACGAGUAUGCCGCAUAUGCCACCGGCCGCCAGAAUGUCGCCUUCCUGGAUGUCUCUCUCAAGAUGCCCAAGCGCUAUAACCCGGUCACCUAUUUGAUGGAGUAUGUCUUCAGCUUUUUCUUCGAGAGCUGGGAGGCCCCCGUCGAAAAGUAUGAGGCUCUGAUGUACGCCUUCGAUGGCAAGGAGAAGGAUUUGGUUCCCGUGUUUGCCAAAGAGACUCUCAAGGUGUCUAACUCCACCUAUGACGGCUUCAUCUGGGCCGUGGUUCACAAGAGCCAAAUGCGCAAGUUCCGUACCGACCGCUAUGAUGCUUCCAUCACGUUCUCCAAGGAUCACGCCAAGCUCCCUUCCUGGGUGACCGUGAUGAGCGAGAGCGCCGAGAUCACUGAGGCUUUGCUCACUCCCGAGCUCAUCAGGGCCAUUGAACAGGCCGGCAACGACUUUGAGUACCUGAUCAUCACCGACCAGCCCAUUGAUAAGCCCACCAAGAUCGACGAGACUGUUCCUAAGAAGCGUAUCCAACUCUCCGUCAACCUGUCUUCCGGCUACGAUUCUACCCUGCCCCUUUUCAAUCAGUUCCUGCGUUUCGCCGAUAAGCUCGUUUCUGUUGCCCACUGGCGUGGUGAGGUUAUGCGCAAGAUUCGCAGUGUCCGCGACGAGGAGAUCAAGAAGCUGCGCCGUAUCGAAGAGGAAGAGAAGGCCGAGGAGCGCAAGUUGGCCGCCGAGAAGAUCAAGAAGGAGGAGCGCGAGCGUUUGCUCCGUGGCAUGACUGCGGAGGAGCAGCGCAAGUUCCUUGAGCGCGAGAGCCAAAAGGACCAGCGCCGUUCGAUGAAGAAGUACUCUCGUAAGGGCUAG